AUGGAUAGUACUGCAGCUGUGUCGUUGCUGCUCUUCAUUAUUACUAUCUACAUAUUCAGAUUAAUAAUCAUUUUACCCUGUUGCCAUGAUUUUAACUAUGACUAUGAUAAGGUAAACAAUGCCAACAAGACGACAGGUAGAAAAAAAAAUAUAAUAAAUGAAAUCCAAAAUAAAGGUAUGAAAAAUUUACACUUAUUUAUAUUUUUAGGAUCCGGUGGACAUACUGGUGAAAUGUUAAGAUUACUCCUACAGUAUAAAGAUAUUUUACUUAAUAAAGAUACUAUAUUACAUGUCGGUUAUUCUGAUAUUGAAUCCCUGAAUAAGAUAAAACAUCUAUCUGGUUCGUUUAAUUGUAAAAUUAACUAUUAUCGAUUUCAAAAAGCAAGAGAAGUAAACGCGAAUUUCACCUCGAGUUUUAAGACCAUCUUUAUAACAAUGUUAACUUCUUUUCUUCAUAUAGCGAAGAUUAAGUAUCAAAUGUUAAACAAUCCGCAUUUGGUUCUUUUAAAUGGACCAGGCACAUGUUUUAUAAUUACUGUGUGGUUUAAAUUAUUGGAUUUAAUUUUAUUAGCAACAAGUUCGAAUAUUGUAUAUAUUGAAUCUUUAGCCAGAAUUAAUACUUUUAGUUUAACUGGGAAAUUACUAUAUUGGAUAGUAGAUGAACUGAUUGUUCAAUGGCCUGAAUUACAAGCUAAAUAUCCAAAAGCAAAAUACUUCGGCAUACUUGUCUGA